AUGAAUAACCGUGUUGAUCUGGUGGAGAAAAUCACUCCCUGGAGAGAAUCAUGGAAAGUGCAUGUUAAAGUUGUGAAGUUGUGGUACCACAAGAAUCCUGGUUUGGAUGCUUCUCAAAAUCUAUUGCAUAUGGUCUUAAUGGAUGAGAAGUUACACAAGAUCCAAGCAACGAUUAGAGAUCAGCUUAUAUCAAAGUUUGCUUCCUCUCUACACGAAGGGGAUCUGUAUUUGAUGAACCAUUUUACAGUUGUACCAAACACUGGUAUGAACAGAGUGACCACUCAUCGGUUCAGACUUUUGUUCCAAUACAAGACCUCUGUUGUUUCUGUGGUAUCUCCAAGGAUCCCGCAUUCCGGUUUGUGUUUGAGAUCAAUAGAUGAAAUUGAUCAAAUGACAACCGAGCACAAUUUCCUUAUUGACUUUGUUGGGAUCAUUACUGGUGUUCGAAAAGAAAGAGAUGUAGCAUCAUAUGGGAAGCUGAUCAAAGUAGUUGUGCUAGAAGUUUUCACUCAUGGCAAAAAGGUCCAAUGCAAUGUCUUUGGAGAUGCUUGUGAUCUUUUGGAGUAUGAUAAAUUACAAAAAUAUCCAAGAUCUCCAUUGAUUGUGCUCGAGUCUUUUAAAAUCAAAGCAAUUGAAGGUGGAGUAGUUCUACAGAAUGUGAUCAAUGUCUCUAGGUUAUUUAUUAAUCCCGACAUUCCUGAGUCUGUUGAGUUCCUAAGCAGAUUUAGUGUAUCCAGUUAUGGAUUCUCAAGACUUGUGAGCAAUGAUCUUGGAUACUUAGUUUCUAAAGUUGAUGGUGAUUAUUUCAAUCCCAAAGAUAUCUGUAAUAUUCAAGAUAUUCAUUUAGAUAACGGGGAUGCUCAUUACUUUGUUAUUGGGACAAUUAAUGAAGUUAUGGAUGAACCAGAUUGGUGGUACUACUCAUGUGUGUGUGGUCAUGCCGUUGUUGACCAUGAGGAUCUCUACCUUUGUGAUGCUUGUGGUUCAUGUGUUGAACAUGUGUUGGUCAAAUAUAGGAUUCGUGUAAAGAUUCAUCAUGGUGGGUGUGCUGUUUUGUUUGUUUUGCUUGAUAAUGCGGCAACAAAACUACUUGGAAAAACGUGUUCUGAAGCAUUUAUCGGGGUAGACGAAGAAUUCCCUGUUGAUCCUAGUGUGCUUGCAGUCUGUCGGUCAUAUUCUCCACAAAUGUUUGGUGAUGUUGUUGGAGAGGAGAAAGUUUUCAAGGUUGAAAUUCUUUCUGCAGUUGAUCCAGAUUACUCCGGGUCCUUUAAAGUUGUAAAUGUGUUUAGUAAUAAUCUGGAAGCAGCUGCAAUCGAUGAUUAUGUGAAUGCAAGGAUUCAUGAUCCGAUUUUUGCACCAAUCUAUGAUGCCUAUUUGCAGUAUGCAACUGCGGAAGAUUACAAGACUCAAGUAGUGUGUGAUAAUUCUAUUCAAUCAGAAACUAUUGAAGAUAUUAUUACUGAUCUGAUUUCACCCAAUCGCUGCUAUUCUGAUGUUGAGAACGGUGAUUUCGUUUUUAUUUUGGGAACUAUAUCAUCUGUUUUCAAGAAACAUAAGUGGUGGUUCUCAACUUGUUUGUGUGGUUCUCGUAUUGUAGUGUCUCAUGCCAAUGGGAACAAUAUAUUUGUUCUUAAAGAUCGUGAGGUUGUGCAACUAAUAAAGAUUAAAUGCUCCAGGUUCUUGGAUAAUCACCCAGAGUUGAAUCAGGGAUCUUAUUCCAAAGUUGUUCCAUUGAAACUCAUUUCAAUUCUUUUGCACAAAAAAAUUGUAUUCAUGGUUGAUGCUAGGCCUGUGGGUUAUGAGAUGAAUCGAUCUGUGUAUAUUGUUCAACAAAUUUGGGAUGAUGCCUCUGUUAUUAAUGUUUUUGAAUCUGCGUCUGAGAUGAAUGAUCAUAAGAUUCGUGUUUUGGUUGAUUCUUUGCCUAAAGUUGAAGACGCUUUUAGCCAAUGUGGAAGUGAUCAUGACGCUGUGGAGGAUCUAGAUGCUUUUUAG